AUGGAUGGAGCCAAUAUCUUUGUGUCUAUUCAGAAGGUGUAUUAUCCAUUGCUGUGCGCAAUGGGAAUUCCAGCCAAUCUAUUCACCUUCUACAUGCUCUGCUUUCGAAAGUUUGGUAUGUCGGAAGCAGCAGUCAUAUACCUGAGCUUCUUGGCCAUUGUGGACACCUUAUACGUGGUGUGGGUCAUCCUGCUAGACCUCUCACUCACCUUCCUGACACUACAACCCUUUUGGCACUCCCACCCAUGGUGUGGCAUCAUGGGAUUUCUGCAGUAUGGUUCCCUGUAUAGCUCAUCCUGGAUAGUGGUGGUUUUUACCAUUGAGCGUUACUUGGUACUUAGCAUCACGUCAGCUAAACAACGCUUCACACGGGCCCGGGUCACUUUGCUCAUCUGCACAACUGUCGUGCUACUCUCUCACCUGGUCUCUGUGCCUAUGAGUCAGAUCAACAUUGUCACGCCCAUCAACUUUACAGUGGAUGGCCAAAAUCUCACACUCCCCAGGUGCCGCUAUCGAGAGGCUGUGUACUCCACCGCGCUGGUUUGGGUGACCACCUUCCUGUCUGGAGGCAUUCCCAUUAUCCUGGUCAUCAUUUUUAAUGGACUGAUUGCUUAUCACCUCAGCAUCUCCAACAGACUCUUCACUAAGGAGGAACGGAGAGCUAUCAGGGGGUUCAACACACAAGGCGUGAUACGCCGGACCAUUCUGCUGCUGUGCACUGUGUCUAUGGUCUUUGUGGUGCUGAGCCUGCCACGUUUCGUCACCUAUUGCAUCCUACGCACAAAGUACAACCACAGGGAUUUCGAUCGUAACGACUACAGCAUCCCCAUCAAUGUCAUCGCCGACGUGGCCAACAUGCUACAGAAUCUGAACUCCACCACCAACUUUUUGCUCUACUGCAUGGUGAGCCGGCGUUUCCGUCAAGAACUGGUGUACACACUCACCUGUGGGGCUAAGACCAGAGAGCUGAGCUCCUUCUUUACACAGACAACUAUGAAAGUCUACACCAUAGGGAACCAAAAGGACGUUACUGUCAGGAACCCAGUCACAGUCGUCCUUACUAAACUCACACAGACACAGUGA